ACUCAGGCACAAUGUGGCUGGGAGAGGAAAUUUAAGGUGGAAACUCUUUAGAAUGAAGUUUAUGUUACAGUUGGGAUUGUGGUGUAACUUUGCGAGCUGUAUGUAAAAUCAGAGAGCAUUGUGUUUUAAAGCACUCUGUUGUUUGAUGUUAUUGCAGAAAUCUGUCACAUUGUAUUAUCCAUGUUUAAGUUCUUUGGAGUUCCUCCUUAGAUAAUGAAUGGGCGGAUGCAUGUGAAGUCAGCACUAUAUAAACUGGAUUGACCAUCAGAUCUAGACACUGAGUUGUACUGUGGUCAGAGCUGCUUGAAAAGGAAAUAUUCUCAUUUUGAAGACGGUUGUCAAACCAUGAAUAAAGAAGAGGAAAUGAAAGAAGUAGAACUAAAUGAGAUGGAUCAAGAAAAACAGCCAAUGACCGGAGAAACUCCGACAGGCACCGAGAAAAACGGCUGCGUGAAGAUCAGUGUGCCAGAGGAUACAGAAGUCAAAUUUACAGGCCUCUCCAAAGAAGAGUUAAUGAAAGUCGCUGGUACAGCUGGGUGGGUUCGGACUCGCUGGAUCUUGCUGGUUUUGUUCUGGCUCGGCUGGGUUGGCAUGUUAGCUGGGGCAGUAGUAAUCAUAGUACAGGCCCCACGCUGUAAACCCAUACCUGAAAUGAACUGGUGGAACGAGGGUCCUCUCUACCAGAUAUCUGAUGUGAAUGCUUUCUCUGAAAGUGGAUUGAAAGGGGUAGAGGAGAAACUGGACUAUCUGAACCAGAUGAAGGUGAAGGGUCUUGUUUUGGGUCCAAUACACACUGUGCAAGCAGACAAGUUGAGCACACUGGAAUUAACUUCCAUUAAUCCUGAAUUUGGUAGUGAUAGCGACCUGAAAACUCUUCUGGACCGAGCGCAUAGAAAAGGAAUCUCCAUAGUGCUAGAUCUAACACCCAAUUAUGAGGGAGAUUCGGCCUGGUUCAACAAUGCUGCCACUGUUGCUGAGCGACUCAAAGAUGCCUGCAUGUUCUGGCUCCAUAAAGGAGUGGAUGGCAUCUUCUUAUCGGAUCUGAGAAAGAUUGUAAACACAGAAGCCUGGACAUCUAUUCAAGCUAAAUUCAACGAGACUGAUGGGACCAAAAAACCAGCUCUGAUGGGCUCCUACACUGGUCUCUCUGUGGAUGGCAUCUCUGUCCUGCUGAACAGGUCAGGUGUCGAUCUGCUCCUGACCGAACUGCCUGAUCCGAGCGACUCCAGCGACACCCAGGCCCUGUCAAUAGAGAAACUCUACUCCAUGCAUCCCCAGACCAGCCUGGGCUGGAGCCUAAGUGGACGGACCCUGGGAUCUCUGGCUUCUAGGAGUCCAGCAGUGCCUGUAAGACUCUUUCAGACCCUGCUGUUCACCCUGCCGGGCACGCCUGUGUUUAAUGCUGGGGAUGAGAUCGGAUUGAAAAUUGGGGAGAAAUCUGAAGCAAUGUGGGAAUUGGACAGUCAAGCAGAAAAUGGCAAUGCAACAGCAAAGUCUGUACAGGAGGAGCGUAUUGCUUUGCGUGAUUUCUUCAAAGCACUUAGUGAUCUAAGGGGAAAAGAGCGUUCUCUUCUACAUGGAGAAUUUGUGUCCCUUUACAGUUCUCCCUCUGCAUUAGCAUUUCUUCGCAUUUGGGACCAGAGUGAACGCUUCCUCAUUGCCAUAAACUGGGGAAAUGCCGCUGUUACAAUGACACUCAACAAUAAUGACCUGCCAGCUGAGGCUCGAGUCCGUGUUACCACAAAUGCAGAGAAUCUUGCUGUGGAUAGCAUGGUGUCAUUAGAGAAGUUGGAGCUUGGGUCCAAACAGGCUGUUCUGUUGUCUUAUCCCUAUGCAGGCUAGACACAAAUGCACAAAAAGAAAGUGUGAAAUUCAAAGUAAAAUUAAUUGUGAGUAGAACAAUUCACAUAACAUUAUAUAAUCUAACAGGUAUACCAUGAGAAAUACUUAUUUGAAAUAAAAAAUAAAAGGGUUUUCACAGUUUUGGAAAGUUCCAUAUUGUGAAGUUGGUUUCCAUACAGAGACUUGUUGGUCUAAAGCUCCUAUGAUACUAUAACAAAUAAAUAGCACUGAAAAUG